AUGCCGGCCGCGCUGCUGAUGCGGCUGCUGGUGGCAGUCUCCGCGGCACUGGCCGUGGCAGGGGCGCCCGCGAGCGCGCUGUCCCCUGCCACGGGGGACGCCUCUCUGGCCUUUGUAUUUGAUGUCACUGGCUCCAUGUGGGACGACCUGAUGCAGGUGAUAGACGGAGCCUCGCGCAUUCUGGAUCGCAGCCUGAGCAGCCGCAGCAAGGCCAUCACCAACUAUGUGCUGGUGCCCUUCCACGACCCAGAUAUUGGUCCGGUGACACUUACGACAGACCCAGCAGUGUUUCAGAAGGAGCUGAGAGAACUCUAUGUGCAGGGAGGUGGCGACUGCCCUGAGAUGAGUGUGGGGGCCAUCAAGGCUGCCGUGGAGAUCUCCAACCCCGGCUCGUUCAUCUAUGUUUUCUCGGACGCCCGCGCCAAGGAUUAUCACAAGAAGGAGGAGCUGCUGCGUCUCCUGCAGCUUAAACAGUCGCAGGUGGUCUUUGUGCUGACGGGGGACUGUGGUGACCGCACUCACCCCGGCUACCUGGCCUUCGAGGAGAUUGCCGCCACCAGCUCCGGGCAGGUGUUUCACCUGGACAAGCAGCAAGUGACUGAGGUUCUGAAGUGGGUGGAGUCAGCAAUCCAGACCUCCAAGGUGCACCUGCUGUCCACAGACCAUGAGGAGAAGGGGGAACACAUGUGGAGGCUCCCCUUUGACCCCAGCCUGAAGGAAGUCACUAUCUCCUUGAGUGGACCAGGACCUGAGAUUGAGGUCCGCGACCCACUGGGGAGAAUCCUGAAGAAGGAUGAGGGUCUUAACAUCCUCCUCAACAUCCCUGAUUCGGCCAAGGUGGUGGCCUUUAAACCUGAGCAUCCCGGGCUGUGGUCCAUCAAGGUCUACAGCAGCGGCCGCCACUCCGUGAGGAUCACAGGCAUCAGUGACAUUGACUUCCGAGCCGGCUUUUCCACGCAGCCCUCUCUGGACCUCAAUCACACCAUCGAGUGGCCUUUGCAAGGGGUGCCCAUCUCGCUGGUGAUCAACUCCACUGGCCUGCAGACACCUGGACGCCUGGACUCAGUGGAGCUCUCACACAGCUCAGGACGGUCCCUCCUGACGUUGCCCGUGCAACCCCUUUCCAAUGGAUCUACCCAUCAGUUGUGGGGUGGGCCACCCUUUCAAGUCCCCCAGGAGCGCUUCUACCUCAAGGUGAAGGGUGAGGACCAUGAGGGAAACACCCUUCUUCGUGUCUCUGGAGUGGCCUACAGUGGAGUGGCCCCAGGUGCCCCUCUGGUCAGCAUGCCCCCCAGGAUCCAUGGCUACCUGCAGCAGCCCCUGCUGGUCUCCUGCUCCGUGCACAGUGCUCUCCCCUUCAGGCUGCAGCUGCGACGAGAUGGAACCAAGCUGGGCGAGGAGAGGCACUUCCAGGAAUCGGGAAACAGCAGCUGGGAGAUCCCAUGGGCCUCCAAGGCCGAGGAGGGGACCUACGAGUGCACAGCGGUCAGCAAGGCUGGGACCGGACGAGCCAAGUCCCAGAUUGUUGUCACAGAUCCCCCACCACAGCUGGUCCCUGACCCCAACGUGACCGUGUCCCUGGGGGAGACUGUCGUCCUGUCCUGUCAGGUCCUCAGUGAGGCCCCCUACAACCUGACCUGGGUUCAUGACUGGCGGGUCCUGCCGGAAUCUGUGGGCCGCGUCACCCAGUUGGCCAACCUAUCUCUGGAAGUCAGUGACAUCGUCCCUAGCGACGGUGGGCAGUACCAGUGCGUGGCCAGCAAUGCCAAUGGGGUCACCAGGGCGUCCAUCUGGCUCCUGGUGCGAGAGGCCCCACAGGUCAGCAUCCACACCAGGUCCCAGCGCUUCUCUGAGGGUGUGGAAGUGAGGGUCAGCUGUUCAGCCUCUGGGUACCCCACUCCUCACAUCUCCUGGAGCCGAGAGGGUCGCACCCUGCAAGAGGACAGCAGAGUCCUUGUGGAUGCCCAGGGAACACUGAUCAUUCGGGAAGUAGCCCCAGAGGAUGCUGGGAAUUACAGCUGCCAGGCUGCCAACGAGGUUGGCAUGGAUGAGAAGACCAUCACUUUGUACUACACAGACCUACCGUCCGUCUCUGCUGUCAAUGCCGUGGUUGUUGCUGCCGUCGGCCAGGAGGCUGUACUGGCCUGUGACGUGUCUGGGAUGCCCCCACCCCGAGUCAUCUGGUAUCGAGAGGGUCGUGAAAUUAUUCUGGCCCCAGAGGGCUUCAGCUCCAGGACCCUGCGGAUCCCAGCGGCUAAGGAGAGGGAUGCUGGUGUCUACACCUGCCGAGCGGUCAAUGAGCUGGGUGACGCCUCUGCGGAAAUCCGGUUGGAAGUCGGAUAUGCUCCCCAGCUGUUGGAGCCACCACGAGAUGUCACCACGGAGCUGGGGAGAAGUGCCCUUCUGAUGUGCCGGGCCACAGGCCGCCCACCCCCAACUGUCACCUGGCGCCGGAGAGAUGGCGAGGCACUAGGGCAGGGUGGCAGGACCGGGCAGCCGGAUCCAGGAGUGCUGUUCUUUGACAGUGUGGCCCUUGAAGACCAGGGUCUGUAUGUCUGUGAAGCUCGCAAUGUCUUCGGGAAGAUGCAGGCGGAAGCCAGGCUUGUUGUCACCGGACAUGCUGUCCCGCAGAUUGCCAGCAGUCCCUCCACGGUCCGGGUCCUGGAGGGGCAGCCGGUGUCCUUGCCUUGUAUCAUCCUGGCCGGGAGGCCCCUCCCUGAGAGACGCUGGCUCAAGGCUGGCCAGCCUCUCCCACCUGGCAGCCGACAUGCUGUCCGAGCCGACGGCAGCCUCCACCUUGACCGGGCACUACAGGAGGAUGCGGGCAGGUACCACUGUGUGGUCACCAACACCGCCGGCUCUCAGCACCGUGACAUGGAGCUAGUGGUCCAGGUGCCGCCUAGAAUCCAGGCCACUACCACCCACCAUGUCACCAAUGAGGGUGUCCCAGCCUCUCUUCCCUGUGUGGCCUCAGGAGUUCCUACCCCAACCAUUACCUGGACCAAGGAAACCAACACCCUCACUUCCAGGGGUCCCCACUACAAUGUAAGUAAGGACGGCACUCUGGUCAUCACCCGGCCAUCUGCCUGGGAUGCUGGGGCCUAUGUCUGCACAGCCACCAACACUGUGGGCUUCUCCAGCCAGGAGAUGAGGCUAUCUGUGAACAGUGAGCCACUCAGUAGCUUUGUCAGGGAUGAGCAUGACCUCCUCCCAUCUGGCUCCCUACACCUGACCCAGGUCCAGGUCAAUGACAGUGGUCACUACCAGUGUACAGCCAGUAACCCUGCAGGGUCCACCUCCAGACGCUACAUCCUUAAGGUGCAAGCCCCUCCUCAGGUGCAGCCAGGCCCACGCGUGCUGAAGGUGCUCGCAGGAGAAGCCCUGGAUCUGAACUGUGCGGCCGAGGGCAACCCAGAGCCUCAGCUGAGCUGGUCCAAGGAUGGCGUGGAUCUACCUGGUCGAGUGUCCGAAGGCUCUGUCCACUUUGCAGCCGUCAAGGCCUCUGAUGCCGGGAUGUACCGCUGUGAGGCCUCCAACAGCGCUGGGGUGGACGAAUGGGAGCUGGAGCUCAGGGUGCUGGAGCCGCCACACUGGGGACCCGAUGAGACCAAUGGCCUGCUGGAACGAGUGGCCGGAGAGAAUGCCAGCCUGCCAUGCCCUGCCAGAGGCACACCUACGCCCCAGGUCACUUGGAGGAGGGGCCUCUCCUCGGAGCCCCUGCUGGGCCGGCCAGGUGUGGCAGUGACGGAUGUAGGAUCUCUCUUCCUGGCCUCAGUCUCACCCUCCGACAGUGGGGACUAUGAGUGCCAGGCCACCAAUGAGGCAGGCUCUGUGUCCAGGAGGGCCAAGCUGGUGGUCUAUGUGCCCCCCAGCAUCCGGGAAGAUGGAUACAAGGCCAACGUGUCAGGCAUGGCUGGACAGUCCCUGACACUGGAGUGUGAUGUGAAUGGCUUCCCAGCCCCCGAGAUCAAGUGGUUCAAGGAUGGGCAGCUGAUCCCUGAAGCUGACAGCCACCAUGUCCUGCCUGGGUCCAGGGCCCUCCACUUCCCCAGGGUCCAGGAGGGGGACUCUGGCCUCUACUCCUGCCGGGCUGAGAACCAGGCUGGGACAGCCCAGAGGGACUUUGAGCUGCUGGUGCUCAUUCCACCCUCUGUGCUCGGAGCCGGGGCUGCCCAGGAGGUGCUGGGCUUGGCAGGUGGUGAGAUAGAGAUGGAGUGCCAGACUUCAGGGGUCCCCACGCCUCAGGUGGAGUGGACCAAGGAUGGGCAGCCCAUCCUACUGGGAGACCCUCACAUCCAGCUCCUGGAGGGCGGCCAGGUUCUUAGGAUCCCCAGAAGUCACUUGGGGGAUGAGGGACGGUACCAAUGUGUGGCUUUCAGCCCAGCUGGCCAGCAGACCAAGGACUUUCAGCUCCAAGUACACGCACUGCCCACCAUCUGGGGCUCCAACGAGACCAGUGAGGUGGCCGUCAUGAAGGACCACCCAGUGCGGUUCCUGUGUGAGGCACGGGGAGUCCCCACACCUGACAUCACCUGGUUCAAAGACGGGGCCCCACUUCCCCUCAGUGCCCAGGCAGUCUCCAGCAGGGGUGGCCGGCAGCUGCAGCUGGGGAAGGCCCAGGGCUCGGAUGCCGGCGUCUACACCUGCAAGGCCAGCAACGCUGUGGGGGCAGCAGAGAAGACCACCAGGUUGGAGGUGUAUGUCCCACCCGUCAUUGAGGGCGCUGACCGAGGACCACACCUGGUGAAAGCUGUGGCCGGGAGGCCUUUGGCGCUGGAGUGUGUGGCCAGAGGCCGCCCGCACCCCACCCUCUCCUGGCACCAUGACGGGCUGCCCCUGGCAGAGAGCAAUGGGACAUGGCUGGAGGCGGACGGCACACUGAGGCUGGAGAGCCUGGGAGAGGCAUCUGGAGGCCUGUACAGCUGUGUGGCCAGCAGCCCGGCAGGGGAGGCCAUGCUGCAGUAUGCGGUGGAGGUGCAGGUGCCCCCGCAGCUCCUGGUGGCUGAAGGCUUGGGCCAGGUGACCGCCAUCGUGGGACAGUCCCUGGAACUUCCUUGCCAGGCUUCCGGCUUCCCUGUGCCCACUGUCCAGUGGCUGCAGAACGGCCACCCCACUGAGGAGCUGGCUGGGGUGCAGGUUUCAUCUCAGGGGGGCAUGCUGCACAUUGACCACGUGGAGCUGAGCCAUGCGGGCCUCUUUGCCUGCCAGGCCACCAACGAGGCAGGCACCGCGGGGGCAGAGGUGGAGGUAUCUGUGCACGGUGAGCAGACCUGGGGUUCUGGGGCCAUGGGCUGGCUGAGAGGCCAAGCUCCCAUCAGUCAACAUCAUUGGGGGUGAGAACGUCACAGCCCUUUUCCUGCAGCCUGUGACCCUGCAGUGUGUAGGGUCUGGAGUACCUUCCCCGAGCCUCCGCUGGUGGAAGGAUGGGGUGCCCCUGGCAGCCUCAGGGGGGAACCUGCAGGCCUGCCGCUUGCCAUAUCCAUUUGGCUCCCUGCACUCAGACCUGUGACACACGUCCUCCUCCUUCCUCCUGCCCUGCAGAUUGAGAAGGUGGACCUGAGGGAUGAAGGUCUCUACACUUGUGCAGCCACUAACCUGGCUGGGGAGAGCAAGAGAGACGUGGCACUCAAAGUCUUGGUGCCCCCCAGCAUCGAGCCAGGUCCAAUCAACAAGGCAGUGCUGCAGAAUGCUUCGGUGGCCUUGGAGUGUCUGGCCUCAGGAGUUCCCCCUCCUGGUAUUUCCUGGUUCAAGGGUCAUCAGCCAGUCUCUGGCCGGGCAGGAGUGAUGGUAUCAGCUGAUGGGAGAGUUCUCCACAUUGAGCAAGCCCGGCUUUCUGAUGCUGGGAGCUACCGCUGUGUGGCGUCCAAUGUGGCAGGCAGCACGGAACUACAUUAUGGCUUGAGGGUCAACGUGCCUCCACACAUCACGCUGCCACCCAGCUUGCCAGGCCCUGUGCUGCUCAGCAGCCCUGUUCGGCUGACCUGUAAUGCCACCGGAACCCCCAGGCCCACACUGAUGUGGCUGAAGGAUGGAAACCCUGUGUCUGCCACAGGGACACCUGGCCUCCAGGUCUUCCCUGGUGGCCGGGUCCUCUCCUUGGCCAGUGUCCGGGCCUCUGACUCUGGCAGCUACUCCUGUGUGGCUGUGAGCGCGGUGGGCGAGGACCGCCGAGACGUCAUCCUGCAAGUCCACAUGCCCCCCAGCAUCUUGGGAGAAGAGCUGAACGUGUCUGUCGUGGUCAAUGAGUCUGUGUCCUUGGAGUGCCAGAGUCACGCCGUGCCCCCUCCUGUGCUGAACUGGCGGAAAGAUGGGCUUCCCCUCAAGCCAAGGCCUGGUGUUCGCCUCUCUGCAGACAAGGCCCUGCUGGAGGUGGACCACGUGGAGGUGUGGGAUGCAGGCCGCUACACCUGUGAGGCGUUGAACCAGGCUGGACGCUCAGAGAAACACUACAACCUGAACGUCUGGGUUCCUCCAGCCUUCCCCUCAGGGGAGCCCCAGACCCUGACUGUAACUGAGGGGCACCCAGUGAGGCUAUCCUGUGAAUGUCGAGGUGCCCCCUUCCCCAAGAUCUCCUGGAGAAAGGACGGUCAGCCUCUGCCUGGGGAAGGGGCUGGCCUCGAGCAGGUGUCUGCUGUGGGGAGACUGCUGUACCUGGGGCAGGCCCAGCCCAGCCAGGAGGGCACCUACACCUGUGAAUGCAGCAACGUGGCGGGGAACAGCAGCCAGGAGCAUCAUCUGGAGGUGCAUGUUCCCCCUCAAAUCGCUGCCACCCAGGAACCCCACACACAAGUCUCUGUGGUCCAGGAUAGAGAAGUCACUCUUGAAUGCAACGUCACAGGGAAACCCUCGCCAACAGUGAUCUGGGAGCAGGACGACCAGCCGGUCAGGGACAAGCCUGGCCUUCUACUGCAGAAUGACAAUCAGAGCCUGCAUAUCCUGCAGGCAGGGACUGCUCAGGCUGGACACUACCGCUGUGUGGCUGAGAACGUGGCUGGGAGGGCUGAGAGAAGUUUUUUACUCUCUGUGCUGGUGCCCCCAGAGCUCAUCGGUGACUCAGACCCCCUGACCAAUGUCACUGCUGCCUUGCACAGCCCCUUGACACUGCUUUGUGAAGCCACAGGCAUCCCACCCCCAGAGGUCCGCUGGUUCAGAGGGGACCAACCCGUCAGCCCCGGAGAGGACACCUAUCUUUUGGCAGGUGGCUGGAUGCUGAAGAUGACUCGAGUGCAGGAGCAAGACCGAGGGCUGUAUUCAUGCCUGGCCAUCAACAAGGCUGGGGAGGUGCGAAGAAACUUCAGCGUGGAGGUCUUGGUUCCUCCUAGUAUUGAGAAGGAGGACCUGGACGAGGUGAUCAAGGUCCCCGAGGGGCAGACCGCUGUCCUGGCAUGCAACACCACAGGCCACCCACAGCCCAAGGUCACGUGGUUCAAAGAUGGUCAGCCCCUAACUAGUGGAGAUGCCCACCACAUAUCCUCAGAUGGAGCGCUCCUGCAGCUCCUCCAGGCCAACCUGUCCAGUGCUGGCCACUACUCCUGCAUCGCAGCCAAUGCCGCAGGGGAGCGGACCAAGCACAUUCAGCUUAGUGUCCUGGUGGUUCCCACCAUCCUGGGAGUGACUGAGGACAAUGCAGACGAGGAAGUGACCGUGACCAUCAACAACCCUAUUUCUCUGAUCUGUGAGGCUCUGGCCUUCCCCUCCCCCUCCAUCACCUGGAUGAAGGAUGGGACCCCCUUUGAGCUUUCAAAGAACAUCCAGCUGCUCCCAGGUACCCACGGGCUGCAGAUCCUGAAUGCCCAGGAGGAAGACGCGGGCCAGUACACCUGUGUGGUCACCAACGAGCUUGGGGAGGCCGUGAAGAACUACCACGUGGAAGUCCUCAUACCUCCUUCAAUCUCCAAAGAUGACCCCUUGGGGGAGUUUGGUGUGAAGGAAGUGAAGACAAAGGUCAAUAGCACCUUGACACUGGAGUGUGAGUGCCGGGCUGUGCCCCUACCCACCAUCAGCUGGUACAAGGAUGGACAGCCUGUGACCCCCCAUGAGCGGCUGCAUGUCCUGGGCCAAGGACGACUGCUCCAGAUCCAGCCCACUAGGGUCUCAGACUCAGGGCGAUACCUGUGUGUGGCCACCAACGUGGCUGGCGAGGACGACCAGCACUUUAAUGUGCUCAUCCAGGUGCCCCCCAUGUUCCAGAAGGUAAAUGAUGACAAUGCCGGCUUCGAGAUCCUAUCCCAGGAGGAGGAGGAGGCCCGGGGUGGGGUGACGGAGUACCGGGAGAUCGUGGAGAACAACCCUGCCUACCUACACUGUGACACCAAUGCUGUCCCACCUCCCGAGCUCACCUGGUACAAAGAAGACCAGCCCCUCUCAGUCACAGAUGGGAUGUCAGUGCUGCAAGGGGGCCGAGUCUUGCAGAUCCCCCUGGUACGCGCAGAGGAUGCUGGGAGGUACUCCUGCAAGGCCUCCAAUGAAGUGGGCGAGGACUGGCUGCACUACGAGCUGCUGGUGCUGACUCCACCUGUGAUUCUGGGUGACACAGAAGAGCUGGUGGAAGAAGUGACCGUCAACGCAAGCAGCACCAUCAGCCUGCAGUGCCCAGCCCUGGGCAACCCCAUGCCCAUCAUCUCAUGGCUCGAGAAUGGCCUGCCGUUCUCCCCAAGCCCGCGGCUGCAGGUCCUGGAGGACGGGCAAGUCUUACAGGUUUCCACUGCAAAAGUGGCUGAUGCCACCAGCUACAUGUGUGUGGCCGAGAACCAGGCAGGCUCUGCGGAGAAACUCUUCACUCUCAGGGUCCAAGUGCCACCAAGAAUCACAGGUCUGCCCUCAGAGAAGAUCACUGCCAUCCUCAACAGUAGCGUCUCACUCUCCUGUGAUGUCCGUGCUCAGCCGAGCCCUGAAGUCACGUGGUACAAGGACAGCCAGCCCCUCUCCCUGAGUGAUGAAACCUUCCUUCUUCCUGGCACCCACACACUGCAGUUGUCUCGUGUCCAGCCGUCAGACUCUGGGUCAUACCUGUGUGAAGCCCUCAAUGCUGCCGGCCAAGAUCAGAAGCUGGUGCAGCUUAGUGUGCUAGUUCCCCCCACCUUUAGGGAGCCUCCCAGUGGCCCCCAGGACACAGUCCUAGUGCGGGCUGGGGAAAAAGCUGUCCUGAGCUGUGAGACAGACUCACUCCCUGAGCCUACUGUGACCUGGUACAAAGAUGGGCAGCCCUUGACCCUGACACAGAGGACCCAAACUUCACUGGGUGAGCAGAAGCUGGAGAUUGUGGACACUCAGGUGUCAGAUAAAGGUUUAUACAGCUGUAAAGUCAGCAAUGUGGCUGGGGAGGCCAUGCGGACCUUCAUUCUCACCGUCCAGGUGCCCCCAACAUUUGAGAACCCCAAGACAGAGACCGUGAACCAGGUGGCUGGGAGCCCUUUGGUCCUGACCUGUGAUGUGACUGGGGUCCCUGCACCCACAGUUACAUGGCUAAAGGACAGAAUGCCUAUAGAGAGCAGCGUGGCCCAGGGCAUGGUCUCCCGUGGGGGCCGCCUGCAGCUGAGUCGUCUGCAGCCAGCCCAGGGUGGUACCUACACAUGUGUGGCUGAGAACACUGAGGCAGAGGCUCGCAAGGACUUCCUGGUGGCCGUGCUGGUGGCCCCCAGGAUCCGGAGCUCAGGUGCUUCACAGGAGCACAGCGUCUUGGAGGGACAGGAAGUCCAGCUGGACUGCGAGGCUGAGGGGCAGCCCCCGCCAGAUGUGACCUGGCUGAAGGACGGUGGCCCACUGGAAGAAGGCGUGAGCCCUCAUCUCAGGUUCUUCCUGGAUGGCAGUUCCCUGGUGCUGAAGGGUUUGAGGGCCUCAGACUCAGGCGCCUACACCUGUGUGGCCCGCAGUGCUGCUGGGGAGGAUGCCAGGCUGCACACCGUGAAUGUUCUGGUCCCUCCCACCAUCGAGCAGGGAGCAGGGAAUGGUGGAACCCUGGUACAACGGCCUGGCGAGCUGGUGACCAUGGCUUGCCCCGUCCGGGGCUCCCCACCCAUCCAUAUGAGCUGGCUUAAGGAUGGUCUGCCCCUCCCACUGUCCCAGCGCACACACCUCCACGGCUCCGGCCGCACCCUCAGGAUUUCCCAGGUACAAUUGGCAGACUCGGGCAUCUUCACCUGCGUGGCCGCAAGCCCAGCUGGCGUGACUGACAGGAACUUCACGUUGCAGGUGCACGUGCCCCCUGUCCUGGAGCCAGAGGAGUUCCAGAAAGACGUGGCAGUGGUCCGUGGUUCCUCAGCUGUCCUCCCUUGUGAGGCUCGGGGCACCCCCUUGCCUCUCGUGUCGUGGAUGAAGGAUGGGGAGCCCUUGUUUCCCCAGAGCCUGGAGCAGGGGCCUGGCCUGCGGCUGGAGGCAGUGGGGGCCGAUGAUGCAGGGACCUACUCCUGCGUGGCCAAGAGCGAGGCGGGGGAAGCGAGGAGACAUUUCCAGCUGACAGUGAUGGAUCCACCUCACGUGGAGGACUCAGAUCAGACUGCAGAGCUGUUGCUAGCCCCAAAAACCCCCUUGGAGCUCCUCUGUGAUGCUCGGGGCAGCCCCUCACCCAACAUCACCUGGUAUAAGGACGGGCAGGCACUGAGCAGGCCGGAGAACAGCAUCAGUCCCGGGCGGGUGAUGCGGAUCGAGGAUGCUGGGAUGUACACUUGUCUGGCCAAGAAUCCUGCUGGUGAAGUUGAGAAGAGCUUCCGGGUCAGAGUUCAAGCCCCUCCAAGUGUUAUUGGACCCCGAGGUUCCCGCUCUGUCGUUGGCCUGGCCCCAGGGCAGCUGGUCCUGGAAUGCUCAGUGGAGGCAGAGCCAGCACCUGAGAUCAAGUGGCACCGGGACGGUGUCCUGCUACAGGCCGAUGCCCAUACACAGUUCCCUCAGCGGGGCAGGUUUCUCAAGCUGCAGGCCCUGAGCACAGCUGAUGGUGGCAACUACAGCUGUACAGCACACAAUGCCGCAGGCAGCACGAACGUGGCUUUCCACGUGGACGUCCACAUGACACCCACCAUCCAGCCCGGGCCAUCCACAGUGAACGUCACAGCAAACCAGACAGCCCUGUUGACCUGCCGGGUUGACGGAGUUCCCCCACCCCUCGUGAGAUGGCGGAAGGAUGGGGAUCCGCUGGAUCCUGGGAACCCAAGACUGGAGGUUCUGCCCGAAGGCUCCCUGAGGAUCCAGCCGGUCCUGGUCCAGGACGCUGGCCACUACCUCUGUCUGGCAUCCAAUUCUGCCGGCUCUGAUCGCCAAGGCCGUGACCUCCAGGUCUUUGAGGCUCCAUCUAUUACCCCUGGACCCUCCAACCUGACCUUGAUCGCCCACACCCAAACCACGCUACCUUGUGAUGCCAGUGGCUUCCCCAAGCCCCUCGUGGUGUGGUGGAAGGAUGGGCAGAAGCUGGACUUGCAUCUGCAGCAGGACACCUACUGGCUCCUGCCCUCAAAUGCCCUGCUCCUCAGAGACCCCAGCCCUCAGGACUCAGGCCAGUUUGAGUGUGUGGUGAGCAAUGAGAUGGGCGAGACCCGCAGGCUCUACUGGGUGACGGUUCACGUGCCUCCCACUAUCGCUGAUGACCAGACACACUUCACCGUGACCAAGAUGGCGCCCGUGGUCCUCACGUGCCACAGCAUGGGAACCCCAGCUCCCCUCGUGUCCUGGAGCAAGGCAGGCACCCAGCUGGCGGUGCGAGGGAGUGGCUAUCGUGUCUCCCCUUCAGGUGCCCUAGAGAUUGGACAGGCCCUCCCUAUCCAUGCCGGCCACUACACCUGCACAGCCCGCAACUCGGCUGGUGUGGCCCACAAGCACGUGGUGCUCACCGUGCAAGCCUCCCCCGUAGUGAAGCCCCUGCCCAGCGUAGUCCAGGUGGUGGAGGAGGAGGAGGUGCUGCUGCCUUGUGAGGCCUCGGGCAUCCCCCGGCCAAGGAUCACCUGGCAGAAGGAGGGACUCAGUAUCCACACAGGAAUGAGGACACAGGUUCUCCCCAGCGGACAGCUGCGUAUUACCCAUGCCAGCCCAAAGGACACUGGGAACUAUUUCUGCAUCGCACAGAACAGCGCAGGAAGUGCCAUGGGGAAAACGCGGCUUGUGGUGCAAGUCCCACCCAUGAUCGAGACUGGCCUCCCCGACCUGUCCACCACCGAAGGUUCUCAUGCCGUCUUGCCCUGCACGGCCACGGGCAAUCCGGAGCCAGACAUCACCUGGGAAAAAGAUGGACAACCUGUGUCUGGAGCUGAGGGCAAGUUCACGAUCCAGCCUUCUGGGGAGCUACUGGUGAAGAACUCAGAGACCCAGGACGCGGGCACGUACACCUGCACAGCCCAGAACACAGUGGGUCGUGCCCGCCGCCGUGUGCACCUCACCAUCCUGGCACUGCCUGUGUUCACCACCCUCCCUGGGGACCGCAGCCUGCGUCCGGGGGAGAGGCUAUGGCUCCGGUGUGCGGCCCGGGGCAGUCCUACCCCCCGCAUUGGCUGGACCGUCAAUGACCAUCUGGUCACAGAGGGGGUGUCAGAACAGGAUGGGGGCAGCACCCUGCAGCGAAUGGCUGUCACCAGAGAGGACAGCGGGGUCUACAUUUGCUGGGCAGAGAACAGAGUGGGCCGUGUGCAGGCCACCAGCUUCGUCCAUGUGAAGGAGGCUCCCAUCCUACAAGGGAAGGCUUUCUCCCACUUGGUGGAACCCGUUGGGGGCAGCAUCCGGCUAGACUGUGUGGUCCGUGGGGAUCCAGUGCCCAACAUCCGCUGGGUCAAGGAUGGCCUUCCAUUGAGGGGCAGCCUUCUCCGCUACCAGCUGCAGAAUGGGUCCCUGAUCAUCCGCAAGACAGAGAUGGACGACGCUGGACGAUACCAGUGCCUGGCUGAAAAUGAGAUGGGUGCGGUGGAGAAAGUGGUGGUCCUCGUACUUCAGAGUGCCCCAGUGUUCCAGGUGGAGCCCCAGGACGUGACUGUGAGAUCUGGGGAGGACGUGACCUUGCUGUGCCAGGCCAUUGGAGAGCCAAUGCCCACGGUGGAGUGGCUGCGGGCAGGCCAGCCCCUGAGGACCAGCCGGCGACUCCGGACCCUACCUGAUGGCAGCCUGUGGUUGGAGCGCGUGGAGGCCAGGGAUGCAGGCGUCUAUGAAUGUGUUGCUCAUAACCUCCUGGGAGCUGCCACGGCCCAGGCAUUGUUGGCUGUGAGAGGGGAACCUCGAGGGAGCCGGGGCAGCAUGAUUGGGGUGAUUAAUGGCCAGGAAUUUGGAGAAGCCACUCUCAACACCAGUGUGCAACAGGAGGCAAGGUCUGGUACCACCACCAUCCGGAGCAGCAUAAGCCACAUCCCUGCAAAUGUGGGACCGCUGAUGCGCAUACUCAUUGUUGCCAUUGCUCCCAUCUACUGGACCCUGGCUGGAGAGACUGGGGAGGCCCUGAACGGCCACUCCCUGACAGGCGGCAGCUUUCACCAGGAGUCACAUGUGGAGUUUGCUACAGGUGAGCUGCUCACAAUGACCCAGGUGGCUCAGGGCCUGGAUUCCGAGGGCCUCCUUCUCCUGGACGUGAUGGUCAAUGGCGCCAUCCCUGAGAGCAUGGCUGACGCAGACCUUCAAAUGCAGGACUACCAGGAGCGCUAUGUGCAGACAGGCCCUGGCCAGCUGUUUGUGGACUCCACACAGCGCUUCCUGCAGGGCGGCCAGCCCACUUUCCUGCAUUGCAACCACAGCAUCCAGUAUGAUGCGGACCGCGGUCCCCAGCCCCAGCUGGUUCAGCACCUGCGGGCCUCCACUGUGAGCACAGCCUUUGACCCGGAGGCUGAGGCCCUGCGCUUUCAGCUGACUACGGCCCUGCAAGCUGAGGAGAAUGAAGUCGGCUGCCCAGAGGGCUUUGAGCUGGAUCCUCAGGGCUCGUUUUGUGUAGACAGGGACGAGUGCUCUGAUGGCCCCAGCCCCUGCUCACACUCCUGCCACAAUGCACCUGGCCGAUUCUCCUGCUCCUGCCCUGUUGGCUUUACCCUGGCCUGGGACAACAAAGACUGCAAAGAUGUGGAUGAGUGUGCAUGGGACACCCCCCUCUGCCAGGAUGAGCAGCACUGUGUCAACCUGCUGGGGUCCUACCAUUGCCUCCCUUACUGCCAGCCUGGCUUCCGAGUGGCUGCCGAUGGAGCUGGCUGUGAAGAUGUGGACGAGUGUCUGGAGCAGUUGGAUGAUUGUCACUACAAUCAGAUCUGUGUGAACACCCCAGGCAGGCAUCGUUGCAACUGCCCCAGGGGGUACCGAAGCCAAGGCCCACGCCUGCCCUGCCUAGAUAUCAACGAGUGCCUGCAGCUGCCCAGGACCUGCUCCUUCCAGUGCCACAACCUCCAGGGCAGCUACCGCUGUCUGUGCCCGCCAGGCCAGACCCUCCUCCUUGAUGGCAAGACCUGCAUCCCGCUGCAACGGAGUGGACAGAAUGUGACCACCGUCAGCCUUCGAGGACCCUUUGUGCCCUGGCUGAGACCCCGAACCCCCAUCCCCAGUGGAUCCUAUCAUACAAGGCUCUCCCUCCGGCCGGGUCCUAUAGCCUUGAGCAGCGUGGGCCGCAACUGGUGUCCGCCUGGCUUCGUCAGGCAGAGUGGCGUCUGCACAGACCUCGAUGAGUGCCAGGUGAGGAACCUGUGCCAGCAUGCCUGCCGGAACACUGAAGGCAGCUACCAGUGCCUCUGCCCCUCCGGCUACCGCCUCCUCCCCAGAGGAAAAAACUGCCAGGACAUCAAUGAGUGUGAGGAAGAUGGCAUCGAGUGUGGGCCCGGCCAGAUGUGCUUCAACACCCGGGGCAGCUACCAGUGUGUGGACACGCCAUGUCCGGCCACCUACCGGCAGGGCUCCAGCCCAGGAACCUGCUUCCGGCGCUGUUCACAGGACUGCAGCGCGGGCGGCCCCUCCACGCUGCAGUACCGCCUGCUGCCGCUGCCGCUGGGCGUGCGCGCCCACCACGAUGUGGCUCGCCUCGCGGCCUUCUCAGAGGCGGGCGUCCCAGCCAACCGCACUGAGCUCACCGUGCUGGAGCCUGACCCGCGCAGCCCCUUCGCUCUGCGCGCUUUGCACGCUGGUCACGGCGCCGUCUACACCCGCCGUGCGCUCACCCGUGCAGGCCUCUACCGGCUCAAGGUGCGCGCUGCAGCGCCCCGCCACCAAAGCGUCUACAUCCUACUCAUCGCCGUGUCCCCUUACCCUUACUGA